AUGGUGGGCCGGCUCAGCCUGCCCGACGCGCCCGGGCCGCUCGACGCCAAGCGGCCGCUCGACAGCCCCGACUCCGGGCUGCCCCCCAGCCCGGGCCCCGGCCCCGGCCCCGGCCCCUGGCUGCUCCCCGCCGGCGCCGCCCCGGGGCCCCCCGGCAAGGAGGGCGCGCCGCCCUGCCCCGAGGUCCGUGUCUCAAGAAGUUCCGUUCCCUUUCGACUUUUCCAGGACGCUUCACUUUCUCUCCACCCACCACCUGGCUGUGCCUUGCGGUUGUGCCCCCUGUCCUUCGGCGAAGGAGUCGAGUUCGAUCCGUUGCCACCCAAGGAUAUAAGGUAUACCUCUUCAGUGAAAUAUGAUUCGGAGAAGCACUUCAUUAAUAAUAUUUAUAUGCCGAUGGGGCUCGGCAUGUCCUCAUGCAGCCAAACGGUCGUCUGCGUUCCCAGCAGCACAUGGCGCAACUACAAGGCCGAGGUGCGUUUCCGGCCGCGCAACAAAGCCCAGAGUUUCACCAGCACCACCAUCAUCUACCCCAAGCACACCAAGACUGUGUACACAACCACACUGGAUUACAACGGCAGAAAGUCCACGCAGAGGUUCCUGUCCAGCGUGGAGCUGGAAUCGUCCGGGAAGGCUCGUGAGCUCCAGGAUUGCUGACCCCCCCCCCCCCCCCGCUGCAGCGCACUCUGCGUCUUUAGCGCCUCAACUCUCUGCCGAAGGAAAGCGCAUGAAGCCUUCCAUAGUUUUGCCGACUCAAAGGAGCCUUGUUCAAAGCUACCUCUCCGCCAGGGUGUGCCUCCGACCUUCAGGACUCCAUCAGCCUGCACUUAAGUUUGGUUUGUAGGGAUGCAAACCCUCUCCGAAGGAAAGCUCUUCCUCUUUCGAGCCUUAAUUUUUUGGUUUGAGUCUUUCCCCAGUGUGUUGAAAUGAAGAGAAUCUUUCUUUUUAAAGGAACUUGGAAGUUGCAGCUCUCAAGUGAAAACAGUCCUCGAAUUGAAUCUCUGACCCAUGGAAGCCACGUUGCCCCUGCGUCAAUGAACCUAAAACCAAAACCCAAAAAUCUUUCCUCCUUAAACCUCCCAAAACAAGCAUCUUUCCUUCUUAAGCCCCCAGAGCCCUAUUUAUUUAAUCUUGUCUCCAGACCUCACUUAAGAAGGCCACUUGGUGCGUAAUCCACAAUUUUAGAUCGUCAGCUUUUCCCAAAAUAGUAUUUCUACCUACUUUAUUCUCCCAAGGAAGCCUUUGAAGAAAUUAAUCUUGACCAGGAAGGACAGUCUUGGAAAAAGGAUCUGUGUUAAAGCACAAAAGAACACUUGUUUAUUGGUCUCCCCGAUACAUUUAAUUACACAAAAUGGUUGUUUUUGCUUUUCACUUCCGACACUAUGAACUUGUCUAAUGGUUUUCUCCAGGGCUCCAUCUGUGGUUGUUUGCCUGAACCUUGUAACAUUUCAACAGAGAAAAGGUCAUCUAGGUAUCAUCAGGAAUCAUUUUUGAAACAUACGCAAAACAAGCCAGAGCAUCCCCUAAUCCUCUCGGAGAAGCACUCGGGACGCUACAAAAGAAGACAGCACAAUUUUAUAUCAUCUUUCUUUUAGAUGUGACACUGUUUAGGAUGUCUGAAAUCCUGAGAAGGGCCAAAAAAUGUUAAGGAGGCAAUCCUAUACAGGCGUAGACCGAAAAAAAUUCUGUUGGCGCUGCAGAAUUUUUUCUGUCUAAACACGGAUAGGAGGGCCCGUGCCUCUGCAUUUUAUCAUCCAAAUUGCAAAAGUUCAUCUGUAUCGUUUAGCACCAGCAUAAAACCAAGCGUGGCGAAUGCCCACCGUCUGUUAAGAAGUUCUGCAGUCGUGUGUUCGGUUUAUAGUCUUGGUAAAUUUGGAUAAACAUUUGACGUCGAAGUGUUUGGGUUAGGGGCAGGCUAGCUAGUGUCAUUUUCUUGUGGCAAAUAUGCUCAGCGUUUAACUUCCGUGGCCCACCUCCGUGGAGAGCCGGUCCAAUGUUCUAGACCAAUUUUGGCCACAGGUUGCUAGGAAAUCCAGCCCCACUCCGCCAAAAAUGGUCCUUUUCUCCACCAAAGAUGGUCCUUUCGUCUUCUCGCUUUUCAUUCUUUGUGAAGUUAGACCAGUGUUGAGUCUUGCAGAUUUCUGUGCUCUCCCUUCCUAACAGCCAGUCUGUGCUAACGCAUCUGUGUAAAUUUCAGGAAGGUUUGUAACCUAUUUAAUUUUUUGGAUAGGAGAUCACUGAUGAACGUAAACAGCCUUACGGCACCUUAAAGAAUAGUAAACUUAUUGUAGCACUUGCAAAUGGUGUGAAAAGGGGGAUUUUUAACUUCUUAUUUUCUAAAACAAUUCAUCCACAAGGAGUUUUGUUAACUGCUAUGUUUUUCCAAGCACUUUGACCGACUAUAUAUGAUAUAUAUAUAUUUAAAUGCCAUUUUUAAAAUGUUGCUGAAAUACCAAGCAGUGGUUUUGGAUGUGCCUGGAAGAAAGUGCCCAGGAUUGAUGUGAUUGGAAGUCUGUUUUUGGAAGGAGUGUGUGUUUUGAGUUUGCUGCCUCUGUGAAUCCCUCAAAAUGUUCCAGAGGCGAGAAAAAGGGUCCCGCUUCUGCUUAGGCAGAUGCAGUUUGUGGCUUCUCCAACCCGCUGCCUUCCAGAUGCUUUGGACUUCAGCGCCCUGGCUGUGGGUCCUGGGAGUUGUAGUCCAAAGCAUCUGGAAGACACUCUGUUGGGAAGGUUUCUGGCAUGCAGGGCCAAGUCCUUUGAUCAAGUCAAGUUCUUGGAAGUGUGAUUAAUGAAAGUGAGAAGGGAGUUGUGGCAGGUGAAGGCAGGACUGCCGCGAGGCAAGAUGGAAAGCUUCUCGAGUUAUUUAUUUGUUAGAAUAUGUAGUGUUUCGCUCUUCAGGGGACUGGAGUUGAGAGAGCUUCGCCCCAGGUGGAUGCACGGAGUUGGCUGCAAAGACCUUCAAAGCAGCUUUUCAGCGCUUUCAGCUGGAACAGAACUGUUUCCAAAGAGCCGGGCACCCUGUACGCAAACCGUUUGUUUUCAGCGUAGGGGGCAAUCAGAUCACGCAGCCACUGCCUCAUCACCGAGAAACGACGGGUUAUGUGCUAUCCUGAGCUCUGCUGAAGGAGUUGUUCGAAGGCUCGGUUGAAUCACCGGCUUUGUGAAUGGAACAAGAUCUGGGGGGCCUCUUUGGCCAAGCUGAAGGGAGACGGGGUGCUGAAGCCCAGCCCUGCUGGAGGGCACCACCUGAGAGAGCAAAAAGACCACGGAGGCCCCUGGUUGUAGGCUGGAUGCUGGGCUAAGGGGGUCCCUGCUCAAACCCAGCCAUUUAGCCUUAGGCUCUUUGGACGUGUUGUCACGAGAGAACGCUUCCCACGAGGUAAGCCACCAAGGGGCUUCUCAGGUCACUUAACAUCUGCGCCAUUUGGGGGAUAAUUCUAUGCAUGUUUACACCUCUGCAAAAGAAUUCCCAGCAACCCGUGUUGUCUGGAGUACGGUAGAACCGAAGGGCUUUUUUUGCCUGUAUAAACAUGCAUGCGAUUCGCCCCACAACCUCUUGGGGAUGAACUCUGGCGACAUCAUAUCCAGGCUGUGCAUGGGAUUUUUAAAAAUACAUUUUCACUCUCGCUUCUCUUUAUUCUAAACAUGAUUCUUACAUGCCUAUCUAUCUAUGUACUUCAGAGUUAAAAUGAGCAGAAUGUUUAAACCCCCCCUCUCCCCGCAUCCUUAAAUGAUUUUAAAGUUAGCUGCUGGCGUCGUGUUUUUGGGAAUGGCCUUCGUCUUGCCAUGCGAUGUCUUACAGGAUUCCUCACCCCAUGACUGUUCAUGAUUUGCUUUUAACUAAUAAAUUAUCUGAAUAACAUCAUC